AUGAAAAAUAAAAAUGAAACACCUAAAAUGACAAAUAUUGUGGACGAGCUCUCAAUAGAAGGAAGUAAAGAAUCUAAUUCUGAAACACCGGAAGUAAAUACUUUUUAUGAAAAUUCCUUAUCAUCUAAUGAUUCUGAAACAAUGACAUGGAUUUCAUGGUGGUGUUCUCAUGUAGGCCAUGAUUAUUUUGCAGAAGUUUCAGAGGAGUUUAUUGAAGAUAAUUUUAACUUAACAGGUCUCAGUACUCUUAUUCCGUUUUAUAAGGAAGCACUUGAAAUGAUAUUGGAUGUAGAUUCAGAAAAUACAGAUGAACAUGUGCGAGCACCUGAUCAAAAUAUCAUAGAAAGCAGUGCAGAACUUUUAUACGGACUUAUUCAUCAAAGAUAUAUAGUAUCUAGGUCUGGCUUGCAUGCAAUGGCUGAAAAAUUUGAAAUGGGACAUUUUGGACAUUGUCCAAGAGUAUAUUGCAAUUCCACCUCAGUGGUACCUUGUGGAAGAUCUGAUCUCCCUGGUGUAGAAACUGUCAAACUCUUUUGCCCUAAUUGUUUAGAUAUUUAUGUUCCUCCAAACUCUAGAUUUCAAAAUAUUGACGGUGCUUUUUUUGGAACAACAUUUCCUCAUCUUUUCUUUCAAAUAUAUCCAGAAUAUAAACCAACUAUUUUACAGAAAUGUUUUCGUGUUUAUCAACCAAAAAUAUAUGGUUUUAAGAUUUCUGAAAGAAGCAAAUCAGGACCUCGAAUGACAUGGUUAAGAAAAUUUUUAGGGAAGACAGAGCCAGAAAAAGAAAUGAUGUUAUUAGAUGAAAAAAAUGAUGAUAAAGAGAUAGACAGAAAUGAGGAACUUUCAUGA